UUGGGCCUUCUAUUUAAUUUAGAAGGGAGCAGAUCGCCGCGCGUCGGCCGUCCGGUUGCUCGCGUUCUCCUCUUCGGCGACUGAGCUAAGGUUUUGGCGAUCUUCGGCGUCUCCGUUCGCCGGAUCGAACCCUAACUGUUACUCCAACGCCAUGGCCGCCCCUGGCCACGAGUCGUCCGGGACCACGCUCAUGGAUCUCAUCACCUCCGAUCCGGCGACGGCGGCUCCCUCGGCCCCCAUUCCCGCCCCUGCGGCUGCCCCCUCAACUCUCGGCAAGCCGGCCACCACGGAUCGGAAGUCCAGGAGAGGCGCUCUGGCCCAGAUCCAGACCGAUACCAUCGCCGCCGCCGCCAAGGCUCUCAACCCCGUCAAAGUCAUACCGCAGCGGCAGAGGAAGAAGUCAGUCUCAUAUGCACAGUUGGUGAGGAGUAUUCAUGAACUCGCUGCCACAUCGGAUCAGAAAAGCUCCCAGAAGCAGCUCGUGCUUCAUGUGUUCCCAAAACUUGCAGUCUAUAACUCGGUGGAUCCUUCCGUUGCUCCAUCACUUCUUAUGCUUCAUCAACAGUGUGAAGAUAGGAAUGUGCUACGCUACGUGUACUAUUAUUUGGCCAGAAUUUUGUCUGACAGUGGUGCACAAGGUUUAAGUCCAGGUGGAGGGAUUCCGACCCCCAAUUGGGAUGCACUUGCUGAUAUUGAUGCUGUUGGAGGGGUCACAAGAGCAGAUGUGAUACCUCGAAUAGUCCAUCAACUUACUGCUGAGGCCACAAGUGAUGAUGUUGAAUUCCAUUCUCGGAGGCUUGCAGCUCUGAAGGCUCUGACUUCUGCUUCAACAGGCAAUUCUGAGAUCUUGGAGAAGUUAUAUGAGAUUGUUUUUGGCAUUCUAGAAAAGGUUGGAGAUGCAAAGCAAAAGCGCCGAAGAGGCAUAUUUGGCAAGCAAGGUGGUGAUAAGGAGUCUAAUAUUAGGAGCAAUCUCCAAUAUGCUUCUCUUAGUGCUCUAAGAAGACUUCCUCUUGAUCCUGGGAAUCCAGCAUUUCUCCAUCGUGCCAUACAAGGGAUUCAAUUUUCUGAUCCAGUUGCUGUAAGGCAUGCCUUGGGGCUUAUUUCUGAUAUAGCUACAAAAGAUCCUUACUCUGUUGCUAUGGCUCUUGAAAAACACAUUGAGCAUGGAGGUGCCUUGCAUGACAUACUUCAUUUGCAUGACGUUCUUGCUCGGGUUUCCCUUGCUAGGUUGUGUCAUACAAUAUCUAGAGCCCGUGCACUUCAUGAGAGGCCUGAUAUAACGUCUCAAUUCAGCUCACUUCUUUAUCAAUUGCUUCUGGAUCCCAGCGAUAGAGUUUGUUUUGAGGCAAUACUAUGUGUUUUGGGAAAAUUUGACAAUACAGAGAGAACUGAAGAGCGUGCAGCGGGAUGGAUUCGAUUGACCAGAGAAGUUCUUAAGUUGCCUGAUGCACCUUCAGUUAAACUAAAAGAUUCAGACAAUCCUACAGCAAAAGCGAAUAUUGAGAAACCUUCUAAAGCAAAGCGUCCUCAACCUCUUAUAAAACUUUCCAUGAGGAGAUUAGAAAGUUCUUUCCGGAGUUUCUCUCGACCAGUGCUUCAUGCUGCUGCAAGAGUGGUUCAGGAAAUGGGAAAAAGCAGAGCAGCUGCAUUUGCAUUAGGUGUAUAUGAUGUUGAUGAAGGAAUGAGGCUUGAUCCAGUUGAUUCAGAGCUUAAUAGUGGUUCACACUCUGAGGGGACCCGUAAGGCAACACCCGUGUCAAAUGGUACAGGCAGUGUAGAUACUAUUGCAAGUUUGUUAGCAUCACUAAUGGAAGUUGUGCGUACAACUGUGGCAUGCGAAUGUGUUUAUGUUCGUGCCAUGGUAAUUAAAGCUCUAAUAUGGAUGCAAAACCCGCACGAAUCUCUGGAGGAAUUGCAAUCUAUCAUUGCAUGUGAGCUGUCUGACCCAGCCUGGCCUUCUGCAUUAUUAAAUGAUAUCUUGCUUACUUUACAUGCUCGGUUUAAGGCAACUCCAGAUAUGGCAGUCACACUCCUUGAAAUUGCUAGAAUUUUUGCAACCAAAGUACCUGGGAAAAUUGAUGCUGAUGUUCUGCAACUUCUCUGGAAAACAUGUCUUGUUGGAGCUGGUCCAGAAGGGAAGCAUACUGCAUUGGAAGCGGUAACUAUUGUUCUUGACCUUCCACCACCUCAACCUGGAACCAUGUCAGGACUUGCAUCUAUUGAUAGAGUGUCUGCGUCAGAUCCGAAGUCUGCUUUGGCAUUGCAGAGAUUAGUGCAGGCUGCGGUGUGGUUUUUGGGUGAAAAUGCAAAUUAUGCUGCUUCUGAAUAUGCUUGGGAGUCAGCAACACCUCCUGGCACUGCACUUAUGAUGUUAGAUGCUGAUAAAAUGGUGGCAGCUGCAAGUUCUAGAAAUCCUACACUUGCUGGGGCUUUGACACGGCUUCAAAGGUGUGCCUUUAGUGGAAGCUGGGAGGUUCGGAUAAUUGCUGCUCAAGCCUUAAUCACUAUUGCAAUCAGAUCUGGAGAGCCUUAUCGACUACAGAUAUAUGAAUUCUUGCAUGCUUUAUCUCUAGGUGGUGUUCAAUCUCUGUUUUCACAAUCACAACUUAGUAAUGGGGAAGAUCAAGGUGCUAGUGGUAUUGGUAUUGGGUCUUUAAUUAGUCCUAUGCUAAAAGUACUUGAUGAGAUGUACAGGGCACAAGAUGAUUUAAUCAGAGAUAUGCGGAACCAUGACAACAACAAACAAGAAUGGACAGAUGACGAACUAAAGAAACUUUACGAGACUCAUGAGAGACUUCUUGAUUUGGUUUCAUUGUUCUGCUUUGUCCCAAGGGGAAAGUAUCUUCCUAUUGGUCCUACCAGUGACAAACUCAUUGACAUAUACCGUGACCGACAUAACAUUAGUGCAUCUUCUGGUUUGAAUGAUCCAGCUGUAACAACAGGGAUAUCUGAUUUGGUGUAUGAAUCUAAACAAGUUGAUGUAAAGCCAUCUAAUGCUAUUGAUCCUGAAUUGGCAAUGGCUUGGGCAGCAGGUUUAGAUGAUGGUAUGUGGGAAAAUAAUGCACCAGCAAUGGAGAAGGUAAAUGAAUUUCUUGCGGGUGCUGGAACUGAUGCUCCGGAUGUUGAGGAGGAAGAGAAUUUAACUUCUCGGCCAUCAGUGACAUAUGACGACCUAUGGGCUAAGUCUAUUCUUGAAACUUAUGAAGCUGAGGGAGAUGAUGCAAGAUCGUCAGGGUCAUCGUCUCCUGAAUCAACUGGCUCUGUGGAAACUUCUAUAUCAUCCCAUUUUGGUGGUUCGAACUAUCCGUCAUUGUUCAGUUCACGUCCAUCAGGCUAUGGGAUUUCACAAACUUCAGAAAACAGGUCAGGAACCAAUGUGAGGCGGUUCAACAACACAUCUACUGGUGGUGCAGGUUUCGAGGGAAUUGGAUCUCCGGUUAAGGAAGAACCACCAUCGUACUCAUCUACGCUUCAGAGAUAUGAGUCCUUCGAAAAUCCUUUAGCAGGGGCUGGUGCACGGAGUUUUGUCUCACAGGAUGAUCACACAAGUACACAAAAUCCACAAUUUGGGAAAGCCUUAUAUGACUUCACCGCAGGUGGUGAUGAUGAGUUAAGCUUAACAGCUGGAGAGGAGGUGGAAAUUGAUUACGAAGUCGACGGUUGGUACUAUGUGAAGAAAAAACGACCUGGAAGAGAUGGGAGAAUGGGCGGACUGGUUCCAGUUCUCUACAUCAGUUCAUCUUGAUGUAUCCGAUAAGACACAAUCUGUUCAGCCUUCAAAAUUUCUCUUCUCCCAUUUGAGAAAAACUGCAGAUCAUUUUUUUGGGCUCCAUUUCGUUCUUCCAUACCUGGUACCACAUUUGUGAUGAAAGAACCCCAGCAGAGAUCCAUUUUGGCUCCCGCAUUGUUGGCCUGCCUGCCUGCCCGCCCGUUUCUGGAUUUCCAUUCCUGGUAUGAGCUCUAUUCGAUGUUGUAUCCAAAUACAUGUGUUUGUUCAUUUUUCAUAUUUCAUUCUCAUUGUUUUCGUAUGGCUGUUUUUCACCAUUAGGUCAUGUAAUUUUACCGAUCGCGUUUGUUUAUUGCCUUUGAAUUCUA